AUGGGAUACAGAAAGCCUAUAGUGAUUCUUUAUGGUUCAGAAACGGGAAAUUCAGAAGACUAUGCCUACUGUCUUUCACGCAAAUUGAGAUACGAAAGAUAUAAGCUGACUGUUUGCUCGUUAGACGAGUUUGACCUCAAAGAGCUUCUUGAUAUCAGUUGUCUCAUAGUAAUAUGCUCUACUGCAGGUCAAGGCGAAAUCCCUCGAAAUGGCCGCAAGUUUUGGAAGUUCAUGCUGAAGAAACGUCUACCUUCAGAUCUCUUCUCUCAUUUAAAAUUUUCGAGUUUCGGUCUGGGCGACUCUUCUUAUCCAAAGUAUAACUCAGCUGUGCGCAAGAUUCAUGCUAGAUUUUUACAGCUCGGUGCUAAAGAACUAUGCAUGAGAGGUGAAGGGAAUGAGCAGGCUCCCGAAGGAGUAGAUGCGUUUUAUAAUGCUUGGGAGGAAACAGUGGUGUCUAGCCUAAGGGCUCAGUUUCCUUUGUCGACCAACUUGCUCCCGGUCCCAGAAACUGAGCUUCUUGAGCCUGCUACUGUAUUGAAACCUUUAACACACAAUAGUGUUUACGAUACAGGAAAAAACAUCAAAAUGGAUGCAACAGAGCGACAUAUGGAAUAUCAAUCUGAAAAGUUAGUGAAAUUUGUGGUCCUUGAAAAUAAAAGAUUGACUUCAGAGGACCAUUUUCAAGACGUUAGACUUUUGAAGCUUAAAUCUGUCGAAUGCAUACUCUCGUAUGAGCCUGGAGAUCUACUAUCCUUGUAUCCGGCAAAUGACUUGAGAGAUGUAAAUGCGCUUAUAGAACUACAAGGAUGGACAGACAUUGCUGAUCUUCCUCUGCAAAUUGACGGACCUAUCAAAGUUCAGGGGGGUCUUAUCAAAAACCUUACUCUCAAAUCUUUUAUUUUGCAUCAUCUGGACAUUAUGUCUAUUCCAAGACGCUCUUUUUUCUCACUCGCUUGGCAUUUUGCUUCCGACCAAAUGGAGCAGGAUAAAUUAAGAGAGUUCUCCCAGCCCAAUGGAAUCGAACAACUGUACGACUAUGCCAAUCGACCUCGCAGAUCUAUUUUGGAGGUUCUCCAAGAAUUCUCGUCCCUAAAAAUACCUUUGAAUUAUUUGCCUGAGUUGAUCCCUCGGUUAAAACCAAGAUUGUUUUCAAUCUCUUCGAAACCAGACAAAUCCAUCAUAGAGCUUACUAUUGCGAUUGUUGAAUACAGAACUAUCAUUCGUCGACUUAGAAGAGGUGUUUGCACACGAUGGGUCAAAACACUAAACCCUGGAGAUCCAAUUGUCAGCUCGCUAGUUAAAAAUCGGAUAGCCCACAACUUCAAGAACAAUCGUCCCAUAGUGAUGAUUGGUCCUGGAACAGGGAUUGCACCUAUCAAAUCUCUCAUUGAAGAAUCCAUAACAAAUGCCCCUUCUAGAUCACUGUGCCUAUUUCCGGGACACAGGUAUUCGAACAAAGACUAUCUUUACGGCAAAAUCUGGUCACAACUAGAGCGAGAAAAUGAAUUGCUUGUAUUUCCUUCUUUCUCGAGAGAAGGUUCUGGCUACGUUCAAGAUACACUGUACAAGAAUAAAGAGCUGAUAAACAGACUCAUUGUAUCCGAAAAGGGAUCAAUUCUCCUCUGUGGAUCGUCAGGUAAGAUGCCAUCGCAAGUCAGAUUGACUCUCGAGGCCAUAUUUGCCGAAAUGAACCAGUGGGCUGAAGAUGAAGCACAUAAGUAUUUGAUUGCUCUGGAGGAUAAAGGUAGUUAUGUGCAGGAGACAUGGUGA